AUGCCACCGUUGAAAACGUACCAGAUACACCACCACGAAUACAAUGGCAAUCCCAGUCCGAAUGCGAAUGCCAAUCAGAACGCCAAUCAGAGUCCCACUAGCAGCGAUGGCGACUUCUUUGGCCAAAAUCUGGGCUCGGGCGCCACGGCGGCCAGCCAACGCACAAAUCUGCCCUCCUACUGCAACGCCCAGUAUCCCUUUAAGGUGCUAUCCAAUCUCAACCAGCUGCGCGAGCAAUCGCGCUUCUGCGACGUGGAGAUCAUCGCCGGAAUGGCCACACUGAGUGCCCACAGGGCGGUCCUGAGUGCGGCCAGUGCCUACUUCGAGGCCAUGUUCCGACCCGAACUGGGGCUAAACGAGGUCAAGCAGAAGUCGGUGGUGCUGCACACAAUCGACGGCGACAUCCUGCACAUCCUGCUCGACUUCAUCUACACGGGUCGCUGCGAAAUCACCCAGUCUAAUGUCCAGGAACUGCUCGCCGCCGCCGACAUGCUGCAGCUGAACGAGGUGGUGGAUGGUUGCUGCGAGUUCCUCUGCCGCGAGUUGCACGCCUCCAAUGCACUGGGCAUUUUACGCUUCGCGGAAGCCCACAACUGCGAGUCGUUGGCCAAGAGUGCACUGAACUUUGUCCACGCCAAUUUCCCAGCGAUAACGCUGGAGGAUGAGUUCCUAGAAACGCCACAGACUCUGCUCUCGCAGCUCCUGAACUCGGAGCUGCUGCGUGUGGACUCCGAAUCUCAGGUGUUCCAGGCGGCUCUUCGCUGGAUUAAGCACGAUGUGACGCAGCGCCGUUGCUACGUUUUCGACGUGCUGUCCCAUGUGCGCAUGGCCCUUGUUCCGGUAAAGGUGAUCGACAAGGCUCUGAAGGACGACUGUCGCGACAUGUCCGUGAAGAUUGCCCUGCGCUCCAUUUGCCGGGACAUUGCGUCAAAGCGCGGACAACUGGUGCCGCUGCGUGUCUGUCCUCGCCAACUGGCCAAGAAGAACAUCUAUAUCAUUGGCGGAUCUCACCGGGACACGCCGCGCACCUGGAACUCGGCCGACUGCAUCUUCGAGACGGUGGCCAAGUUCGAUAUAUUCCGACGUGAGUGGACGGAGACGGCGCCCAUGGAGGUGGGGCGCAUCCUGCCGGGCGUGUCGGCAUUGAAUGGCAAGAUCUAUGUGGUCGGCGGCGAGCGCGGCUCACAGAUUCUGGCCAAUGGCGAGGUCUACGACCCACAGAACGACGUUUGGCAACCGAUUGCCCCUAUGAUUGUGCCGCGCUGCGAGUUCGGCCUCUGCACCAUGGGCGGCAAUCUGUUCGCCGUGGGCGGAUGGAUAGGCGACGACAUCGGCGGUUCCAUGGAGUGCUAUGAUCCAGAGCAGGAUCUCUGGAAAUUGAUGGGCAGCAUGCCGCAACCCCGAUUCAGUAUGGGAGUGGUUAGUUUCGAGGGUCUCAUCUACAUUGUAGGAGGCUGCACAACUACAACCCGGCACUUACCGGAUCUGAUUAGUUAUAAUCCCGUGACCAAAGAGUGGACCGAGCUGGCUCGCAUGCAAACAGCCCGUUGCCAAAUGGGCGUGGCCGUUCUGGAUCGCUACUUGUAUGUGGUUGGAGGCAGUAGUAUCAGCCAGGACAUUCUCAGCUCCGUCGAAAGGUAUAGCUUCGACGAGGACAAAUGGACAACUGUUUGUGCAUUAAACGUGCCCAGAGCCAUUCCUGCCGUGGCCGCUGCCGAUGGACUACUUUAUGUAGCUGGCGGUGAUCAGCCCUGUGAGGUAAACUUCUACCGAGCCCAAGUGACUAUCAAUGCUGUUGAAUGCUAUGAUCCGCUCUCGGACACCUGGAAAAAUUGCCCCGAUCUACCAGUUAGCCGCUCGGAGGCUGGGGCAGUGGUUGUUUAAGACCUGAACUGGUUCGAAAUGGUCAAACACAAAAUCUGUCGUCGUUUUAAGCAUUACCCACACGAAAAACACUCUUUAACUGUAGCUCUAUGGCAUUGUAUACGUUACACACAUCACAAAUCUCUUCCCUUUUUUCGAUUUAAUUGAACAUAGUGGUCUCUCGCCAAAGAUAUGUAAGCGCAUUGUUACGGUUGAUGUUGUUUGUGGAGCAUAGCGCAGCUAUUCACCAGUUAGUACACAUGCUAAUAGUUAGCCACGAAGGAGACAGCCAGCCUCAGAUUGUUCCGCAGUUGCAGUUGUCCUUUAUGAAAGCGAAACCAAACACCGAAAACUUAGCAUUCACUUUGGAAAAAGUAUAUUAACGUAUCGUAAUUGCUGAACAUUAUUUGAAUUGAUUAUUUGUAUACUUUCAAAUUGUCUAUUUACUUUUAUUGUUGAAUGCGGAACGGAGUGUUAGGAACAAUGAUUGAGGCGCCCUUGAGAAGAGCGUAUCUCCACAGAACUUUGCGAUUGUAUGGAUUUAAGGGGCGUUUCCUCAUCUCCAUGUUGAAUACAUUUUAGCCCAACAGUAUUGCAAUAUUUUCCGCACACCUAUGCCUUUCUAACUCGUAUAAGCAACCAUCCAUAUAAUAUACUUGUUUGUUGUCGAGAUGUAAUUUCAAUAAAGUUCCUUUUUACCAAAUUUUCAUUGUCGUAAAUAGGAACCUAUGCCUUCAAGGCGACUUUUUUUUUAUAUU